AUGACCUCUGAGAUCUCAGCCUUGGAUGCCAACAACACUUGGAACAUUGUUCCUUUGCCUCCAGGCAAGAAGGUUAUUGGCUGCAAGUGGGUAUUCAAGAUCAAAUAUCUAGCUUCAGUUAGAAGUGUUUUGGCACUUGCUGCCACUGAGCAGUGGCAUGUUCAUCAGAUGGAUGUUUCAAAUGCAUUUCUUCAAGGUGACCUACUUGAAGAAGUUUAUAUGUGUCUUCCUCAAGGUUUUGAGACUCCUAAAGGCUUUAAUGUGCAGAGGGAGAAAUCAACAGGUGAAUCCUUGGUGAUAAUUCUAGUCUAUGUAGAUGAUAUGAUGAUCACUGGAAAUGUUCUUAAUCUGAUACAAGCAACAAAGGAAAUAUUACAUAAUACUUUCAAGAUGAAAAAUUUAGGAGACUUAAGAUACUUUCUUGGGAUUGAAUUUUCCAGGUCACAAGGAGGUAUUGUCAUGCAUCAAAGAAAAUACACCUUGGAAAUCAUUUUUGAGGUUAGUCUUGGUGCUGCUAAACCAACCUCUACACCACUUGAUCCCUAUGUACAACUAAAAAGUAAGGAAUAUGAUGAUCUAAAUGGGAAAGGCCAUGAAGAUAAGCUACUGGAAGAUGCAACUGUAUAUAAGAGACUAGUUGGCAAGCUAUUAUAUCUUAAUGUUACAAGACCAGACAUUUCGUUUGCCACUCAAACACUGCGCCAAUUUCUACACCAGCCAAAACAAUCUCAUCUAAAUGCUGCAUUUAAAGUUGUAAGAUACAUAAAAGGACAAGCAGGGCAAAAAGUACUAUUGUCCAGCAGAAGCUCCAAACAGUUGAGAGUUUACUGUGAUGCAGAUUUAGGAGCCUGUUUACACACAAGAAGAUCAGUUUCAGGUUUUAUGGUAAAGUUAGGAGAGUCAUUGAUCUCUUGGAAGUCAAANAAAGUUGUAAGAUACAUAAAAGGACAAGCAAGGCAAGAAGUACUAUUGUCCAGCAGAAGCCCCAAACAGUUGAGAGUUUACUGUGAUGCAGAUUUAGGAGCCUGUUUACAUACAAGAAGAUCAGUUUCAGGUUUUAUGGUAAAGUUAGGAGAGUCAUUGAUCUCUUGGAAGUCAAAGAAACAGGCAACAAUAUCUAGAAGCUCAGCUAAAGCUGAGUAUAGAAGUAUGGCAAGUGUUGUAGCUGAAGUUACAUAG